CACUUCGUGUGGCAGGUUGACGCACGGCAGAAGAGAGGAAUCGGAUCGAACCAUUGAGUACGAAGCAGUUUUCAAAUAAAAAUGGCGAUGGCAACAACUCAGGUAAAGGGCAGUGGGUGGCCAAGAAGGGCAAGUAAUAGCUCCUUUGAAGGGAAAGUGGUCACAAAUCAAUCAGUAACCAUCAACAGAACGGUCAACUUAUAUCCUUUGACAAACUAUACAUUUGGAACGAAAGAGCCACUAUUUGAGAAAGACCCGUCAGUACCAGCCAGGUUUCAGCGAAUGAGGGAUGAAUUUGACAAAAUUGGAAUGCGACGUAGCGUCGAAGGUGUCCUCUUGGUACACGAGCAUGGCUUGCCUCACGUACUGCUCCUCCAGCUUGGUACAACAUUUUUCAAAUUACCAGGUGGCGAGUUGAAUGCAGGAGAAGACGAGGUAGAGGGCCUGAAACGGCUCCUCACAGAGACUCUUGGGCGGCAAGAUGGAGUUAAACAAGAAUGGGUAAUCGAGGAUACGAUUGGUAAUUGGUGGCGACCUAACUUCGAACCACCGCAAUAUCCUUACGUACCUCCACACAUUACCAAACCCAAAGAGCACAAACGACUUUUCUUAGUACAAUUACAGGAAAAAGCUCUAUUUGCUGUACCCAAGAAUUACAAGUUAGUUGCAGCUCCAUUGUUUGAACUGUAUGACAAUUCGCAAGGAUACGGACCAAUAAUUUCAUCCCUCCCACAAUCACUUUGCAGAUUCAAUUUCAUUUACAUGUGAACGAUACCGCACGAUGGCUGAGAGAUUAGCCGGAUUUUAAUUAAGUUAACAAGAACAACAUUGAUAACGAAGUUACGUAUGUAUGUGAUGAUGAAUGCAAGUUUUUGAAAGGUCUGAGUUCUCUGUAUAGUACGACAUACCCAACAUUAAAUCAUUUUUGUAAGUAA